AUUUUUGGGAGGGAAAAGAACCUUAUCCAAAUUCGGAGGAUGAUCCACAACAUCAUCUUCUUCUUGUCACUCCCUCCCACUAAUUAGAUUACUCCGUUAGUCAAAACACUCCCCUUAUCUCCCUUUCUCUCUCCUCCCUCAAUUACAUUCAACGCUAAGCUUCAACAGUACAUCAAUGUCUUCUUUCAUUAAUCACCAUUUUUAUCCUUCUGUUUGCACCUCAAAACAUGCACUCCCCAUUAACCCAACUUCCCCUUUUUAUUUGGGCAUCCCGAAUUUUCGCCAAAAAUCUCGAUUCAUGCAUUUGACCCCUCGCUGUUUCUCUCGUCAAAUUGAUCCCCUUGAUAAGCAAAAAAAGAGGUCAUUUUCGGUGAAAGAAUGUGCGAUAUCAUUAGCACUAGCAGCUGCAUUGAUAAGUGGAGUGCCUAGUUUGAGUUGGGAAAGGCAUGCGGAAGCACUUACUAGUCCUGUAUUGCCAGAUUUAGCAGUGCUUAUAUCUGGUCCACCGAUCAAGGACCCAGAAGCUCUGUUGAGAUAUGCAUUGCCUAUUGACAAUAAGGCCAUUAGAGAAGUUCAGAAACCACUGGAGGACAUUACAGAGAGCCUCAGAGUCGCGGGGCUUAAAGCUCUGGAUUCUGUUGAGAGAAACUUAAAGCAGGCUUCUCGUGCACUCAAGAAUGGCAAGAGUUUAAUUAUUGCAGGGCUGGCUGAAUCAAAGAAAGACCGUGGUGUGGAAUUGCUCGAUAAGUUGGAAGCAGGAAUGGGUGAGCUCCAACAGAUUGUCGAGAACAGGAAUAGGGAAGGGGUAGCUCCUAAACAAAGAGAAUUGCUUCAGUAUGUUGGCAGUGUUGAAGAGGACAUGGUGGAUGGAUUCCCGUAUGAAGUACCAGAAGAAUACCAAACUAUGCCACUCCUCAAGGGAAGAGCAGUUGUUGAGAUGAAGGUCAAGGUGAAGGACAACCCUAAUGUUGACAAUUGUGUUUUUCGUAUUGUUCUUGAUGGUUAUAACGCCCCUGUAACUGCUGGCAACUUUCUGGAUUUGGUGGAACGACACUUUUAUGAUGGCAUGGAGAUCCAAAGAGCCGAUGGCUUUGUUGUGCAAACCGGAGACCCUGAAGGCCCUGCUGAGGGUUUCAUUGAUCCCAGCACAGAAAAGCCUCGUACAAUCCCAUUGGAAAUCAUGGUGGAAGGAGAAAAAGUUCCUGUUUAUGGUUCAACUUUAGAAGAACUUGGUCUAUACAAGGCUCAGACAAAGCUUCCAUUUAAUGCCUUUGGUACAAUGGCCAUGGCCAGAGAGGAAUUUGAGAACAAUUCAGGUUCAAGCCAAAUAUUUUGGUUGCUGAAAGAAAGUGAACUGACCCCAAGUAAUGCCAACAUAUUAGACGGACGAUAUGCAGUGUUUGGCUAUGUAACUGAUAAUCAAGAUUAUCUAGCAGAUCUCAAGGUUGGUGACGUCAUAGAGUCAGUCCAGGCGGUUUCAGGCGUUGAUAAUCUUGUCAAUCCAACUUACAAAAUUGCCGGAUAGAUUCUUGUGUACGUUACAGAUUUAUUAUUUGUGCCAUUUUUCGACAUUUUCAUUAGCUAAGGCGAGGGGAUGUAAAUCGAGUCAUCUUCUUCUUUGUACAAGUGUAACAUUCCAUCUGUAAUUCAUUCGUGUUUGAAUAUUUUUGUAUUCAACCUUGGUUAGACUAAAGUGGUAAUUCAGGCAUUGUCUAAGUUGUAUCUUCA